UGUGUGUGUGUGAGAGUAAACAUCUCAUUGCAGUGAAACUGAAAUGUCUUUCUUUAUUCGAGGAGCAAGGAAAAGGGCACCAGCAAGUAAAUCCAAAAAGGUUUUCUCUAAGGAUAGCAAUAAUCCAACUAAGAAGAAGAAGCUCCAGAAGCUGGAUGAUGAAGAGAUUCUGAGUGAUUCUGACAUUGAUGGCCCUGAUGAUGAUGAGGGGCGUGGUUCUAGUGAUGCUCCAUCAGAGAAUGAGGAGGAGGAGCAGGAGACAGCCCAGGAGAAACGUCUUCGCCUCACCAAGCAGUACCUGGCACAGUUAGAAGCAGAAGAAAAGGAAGUUGAAGAUUCCCUCACCCCAGACAGGGAUGCUAUAGCACACAGGCUAAAGUCAGAGCUGUUGGAACAGAGUGGAAAACUUCAGAAGCUUGUUGCAUCAGAGUACACAGCACCCUCUAGUGAUGACCUCUGUGUAUUGCGAGGUCAUCAGCUGGCCAUCACAUGCAUGGUUAUAUCAUCAGACAACAAGUAUAUUUUCAGUGGUAGCAAAGAUUGCUCCAUAAUUAAAUGGAACGCUGCAACUGGGAAGAAAGAACAUAAGAUUCCAGGUGGAAGGAAAGGAACGGAGGACAAGCACAUAGGACAUACAGCUCAUAUUCUAGCUCUGGCUAUCUCCUCAGAUGACACUCUCUUAGUGUCUGGAUGCAGAAACAAGUUGAUCCAUGUAUGGGAUCCUCAAACAUGUGGUCUCAAACACACAUUCAAAGGUCAUCGGGAUGCUAUAUCAGGCCUAGCUUUCCGUAAGGGCACCCAUCAGCUAUUCAGUGCAUCACAUGACCGGUCGGUGAAGAUUUGGAAUCUGGAUGAGAUGGCUUAUGUAGAAACACUAUUUGGACAUCAAGAUGCUAUAACAGGUAUUGAUAGCUUGACAAGGGACCGUUCCAUUACAUCAGGAGGGAGAGACAACUCUAUCAGGGUAUGGAAGGUUCUAGAAGAAUCCCAGCUUAUCUUUAACGGCCACUCAGGAUCCAUCGACUGUGUCAAACUUAUCAAUGAAGAUCAUUUCAUCUCUGGCUCAGAAGAUGGGUCCAUUGCUGUGUGGAGUGUCAUGAAGAAGAAACCUUUGAGCAUAACACGGAAUGCUCACCCUGGACCGGUUGGGACAUCUGAGGGAAGCAAUACCAAAGAGAACUGGAUAUCAUGUGUUGCAGCCUUGCAAGGAACCGACCUUGUAGCAUCAGCAGGAUCCAAAGAUGGGACCAUUAGAUUCUGGCAGUGCUCCGAGGGCUACAAGACACUGUCUCCAACUUUCCAGGUCACAAUGGAGGGCUUUGUAAAUGCAAUGCAAUUUUCCAGUGAUGGGACAUUUCUUGUAGCCGGUGUAGGGCAGGAGCAUCGCCUGGGCCGCUGGUGGCGUCUCAAAGAAGCAAAGAACAGCAUUGUCAUUGUCAGACUUAGGAAGAGCAAUGCUGAAAAUAUCAGAUGAUGAUGAUGAUGGGGAAAUUUGGGUCACCAGUGUUUAGGGUUGGGCUGGAUUGUAUGUGUUUUAGAAGAAAGAAAACAAAAAUGAUGUUUCUACAGAAAUUAAGAAAUAAGCAAACAAACAGAAGAGAAAUGAAAUUGUAUGACAAUAGCAACGAGAAAAUAGAUGUUAUUUUGUUAACUUUUAAAAUAAAAAAAAAAUUACUGAUUGAUUUAAGUA